GCCUUCCAUACGAUAACAUUUUUUUUUGGCUACUGUUGGGCUGAUUGAGUGGCCGGUUUUGGUCAAACAGAAAUGUUGAUGCAUUGUGGAGUUGUAAUUCGCUUUUUAAUUUGUCUCUGUUUGGUGCGCUUUACUGUUGCAAAAUGUUAUCCUCAAAAGUGUGGCUCAAUGAGUGUGAGUUACCCUUUCUGGAUAAACAAUUCUAGUUGUGGAUACCCUGGUUUUCAUAUCACAUGCCAGAAGGAUAAAGUUACUGGGAUGUUAGCUCCGUUCUUUUAUGUCAAUGUUGGCAAUUAUACUGAUGGGAAGCUUAAAGGUAACUAUAAAGAUGGGUUUCUUUAUCCUUACAAGAUCAUAGAGAUCGGUUAUACAGGUUUCCUUGUCAUAGACUCAUAUUAUAACUAUGCCUGGACGUGUGAUAACACCUUUGGGACAACCUACUUUCAUCUACCUUCAGAAGGGCCUUUCACUAUUUCAAACUCUAAUAAGUUCGUGGUUGUCGGCUGCAAUACAUCUGGUACCUACAGUUUUGGGGGUCUGGGAGAGGUGAGAUGUGUAGCAAUUUGUGACCCUCAAACUGAUCGACCGUACUGCCGCUAUGGGUGUUGCGAAAUUAACCUUCCAAAUAAUUGGCCGGCAAUAGAUUUCACGGGAGGAGGUAUGUUCCCUAUAUUCAAUUCUAGUGAUAAAAAAUAUUAUAACGAGUGUGGUUUCUCCACCAUAUUCGACCCCUCGACCUUCAAGAUCGUCGACAAUAGAUCAAACAUUUAUUGGGGAAGGGGAGGUGAAGUUUCUUAUGGCCUCCGCCUUAAUUGGGGUAUCGGCCUUCACAAUUGUUCCACGGCUAAAGCAACUACCAAUUAUUCUUGCUCCAGUAACGGAGAAUGCAUUGACUCCCCUUCAAGAAAAGGACACGUAUGUAGAUGCCUUCCUGGAUAUGAAGGGAAUGGUUACUUCAAUGGCACAGGUUGUAGAGACAUAGACGAGUGCAGUGAUAAAAGGUUGAAUAUGUGCGUCGGAGAAGAGGGAAGAGGUAUGUGCGUGAACUCGGUAGGUUCCUAUAAUUGUUCGUGUGCAAAGGGUUAUCAAGGAGAUGGCUUUGUAAACGGGACAAGAUGCAUCUCCCCAAGUUCAAAUCGCGCUAUCUUUCCUCCAAUUAUAGGAUCCGUCAUUUCGUUUGUAGUUGUCUGUUUAGCAGCGUCUUUUGUGGUUUGGUGGCUAAAGAAACGCCACUUGAAAGUUGUGGAGGCCAAAUAUUUUCAGCAGCUGCAGCAGUACAUCGCUUCUAGAGUGGGUAGAGAAAGCCUGAGAAUGUUUUCUGCCAAAGAAUUGGCAAGAGCUUCUAAUAAUUAUUCAAAGGAAAUGGUGUUGGGAAGUGGCGGCUUCGGAACUGUGUUUAAAGGCAUUCUACUCGAUGAUACUCUUGUAGCCAUUAAACAGUCCAAGCAAGCUUUGAAUCUAGAGGAUGACCAUGAGUUUCUUAAUGAAAUUACAAUUCUCUCCCAAAUAAAUCACAAAAACAUAGUGAAAUUGUUAGGGUGCUGCAUCCAAGCUAAAUUCCCAUUGCUGGUAUCUGAAUUCAUUCCAAAUGGAACACUGUUUGAACAUUUACACUCCAAAGAAGGGUUUUUGUCAUGGGCUUCACGUCUGCAGAUUGCAAUCGAAACAGCGGAGGCUUUGGCGUAUCUACAUUCUGGAGCAUCUCAACCCAUUUUCCACAGGGAUGUAAAAUCAUCUAAUAUUCUUUUGAAUGAGAGACUCUCUCCCAAACUUGCAGACUUUGGGAUUUCUCGUCUCAUCUCCGCUUCCAAUAACACACAUCUCACCACUAGUAUCGUGGGUACAAGGGGUUACUUAGAUCCUGAGUACUUCCAAACGUUUCAACUCACUGAGAAAAGUGAUGUAUACAGUUUUGGUGUAGUCCUGGUUGAGCUUUUAACAUCCCGGCUACCCAUUUGCGCAGGAAAAGCCAGUGACGAGUGGAGUUUAUCUAGUCUUUUCCUCUCCAGACUUAAUCAAAACCGACUCAAAGAAAUCUUGGAUAGCAAAGUAUUGGAGGAGGGAAACCUGCAACAGAUGGAAGAUACGGGAAGGUUAGCAAGAGAAUGCCUUCAUUUGGAAAGAAGGAAAAGACCGUAUAUGAAAGAGGUCGUGGAGGAACUUUUCUGGAUAAGAGGCGGCACAAGAAAGACAAAAUUCCAUGAUAGUGUAAAGUGUGACGAUGCAAUAUUUGAGGAUACCAAAAUUUCCAGAGAAGCAUCACAAACUUCAUACGAAUUCAGGAGUCAUAGUUUUCCAUCUGCUAUUGCGGGUACGUCAGAGGAACCAUUCAGUGCAUUGAUUGAGAUGUCAACCCUGUCUGAACAGAUUGACUUCAAAGGAAAGCAUUACUAGACUGUGUUGGAAUAUGGAAUUUCUUGGUGAACAGUAAAUAUCUUUGUUUCUAGAAGAGGUUUGCUAGUUUUCUUUAAUGUAAUAUAUUAGUCAGAUCUUUAAGAAAGUUUUCAAGAUCUAUCUAUAUUGAGGUGUCAUGUAAUGCUUUAUAAUCAAGAUGUUUAUACGAUCUUAUGAUGAAAUGAUCAUGAGUAAAAGUGAUUA